ACCAUCACUCUGCGAAUACACAUCCCUAAGAUUAAGAACAACAACGAAAAAACCACCGUAAACUGUUAUUUAUUUGGUUAAAUAAAACUCCGAGGAACUUGGAUAGGUAAACCUACGGGUACUCAGAAUAAAUCUUGAAGAGUACGAUGAACUUACCCCAGAAAACCUAGGCCAAACUGCAUGCUAGCGGAAUGCAAAAAGUAUGUACCCAUAGCGAGUGGGCGUUGAAAUUAUAAACAAAUAAACCCAAUUCGUUCCUGGCUGCAGAAUGUAGAGGAAAUCAAGGUGUGUCCAAUUUGGGGUGAUGAGUGGUUCCCGCGGAUCGAAGGCUUUACGGGAUUACGGGAUGAUUGCUAGGCUACAGCAGCACAUGGUUUCGCACCACAAGACGAGCAUCCAGCAGUUCAACUGCACCAGGUGCUCGGCCAGCUUCUCGACCAACGCCAAUCUGCGGGUGCACAUGGAGCGGCACGAACAGGGCAUGGAGCACCGGUGCGGAAUCUGUGAGAGCCAGUUUGCCAACGAGCUGGCCCUGCGAGCCCACAUCAACCAGGAGCACCACAAGCUCACGCAGUUCGAGUGCGAGUUCUGCCACAAGACGAUCGAGCCAGACGAGGAUCUGGCCACGCACAUGCAGAAACACGCAGCCGUGAAGACGCACGUGUGCGAGGUCUGCAACACGUAUUUCACCCAGAAGAGCCAGUACAAUGUCCACAUGCGGAUGCACACGGGAGAACGGCCCUACCAGUGUAGAAUCUGCCACCAGACCUUUGCCCAUUCGAGCGUACUAAAGCUGCACAUCCGCAAGCACACGGGCGAAAAACCCUUUCGCUGCCAGCUGUGCGAGGACGAGGUGGCUUUCUCCCAGCUGGCGCACCUAAAGAACCACAUGAAGAAGAUACACAAACAGCAGAAGCCGUACAUGUGCGAGGGCUGCCACGAGUUCUUCAAGGUCAAGGUUGAACUGCAAGCGCAUGCUGAGCAGUGUGCCAAGUGUCCUGCAGGAGGAGACGAGUCCUCGGGAAGUCAGUCUGAAGAUGUUGUCGUCCUUUCCACCAUUCGAUUCAACAUGGCCGUGGUACUGAAGAAGAUUAGCUCGGCCCAGAAGCUGCGCCAGUUGGGUUACGAGAAGCGUCUGAUCGACAAUGUGAUCAUUGCAUCCCUAAAGCUGGCUCAGCGACCCACGCACGAUGACGCCAAGCUGACGCCUUUGGCCAGACUACGGCUGAAUGUGGAGGAGUUCCUCAAGUGGAUUGUGCCAGCACCCACAAUGAAGAAAUUCAACGAAGAAUUGCUGUCCAUCGACACGAUUCUCGACAAGAUUGCCACCAUGUAUAUGAAGCAGAAGUAGAAAUCAGGAGUUGCUAGCCAACGCAAAAUGCAAUUGUGCCAUAGAAGAGGAUUUGUAGAACUAGUUCUUGCCAUUUAGUUUAGUUUAGUUACCCAAAGUUGCAGAACGAAACCCAACCAAAUAAUUUAUCCCAAAGAAACAUAUUGAUCAUUUUGAUGACUUACCUUACUUUAGUCCAUAUUUUGCUGCUACCAAAAAGAAAGUUAUAUAAACAAUGAAUGUGUUAGUUUGUAUAUCUCAAUUUCCUAUUGAAGGAGUUUAGAGUUAAGAAUGAAUUUCGAUGCAAUAAUUUAUAUAAUAAUAAGUUUAACACAAAUAUGUUAUUUACAUUAAGUCUUGCCAGAGCAAAAGAAUUAUCUAUCAGCUCAAGUACAGUUCAAAUCAAUGUGGCCAUGCAUAUUAACGAAUAAGCUUAAUGCAUUUAGUUGCCGUUUGUCUUUCCUAACCUUUUUUUCUUUGGCUUACUCGAAAAUGUACAAGAAUAUGUGUAAAGAGUGCAAAUCCAAAGUGUACAACCAAAAAAAUGAAAUGUAAAUCAAAAUACGCACCUCAAAUAAUGGAAUAAAUUAAAACCCAUAAACAACUA